UAAACAUCUUCUCUCCAUGAAGAAAUAAUUAUUUUAGUUUUUAGUCGAAAAUCUCUGCUGCGUCUGUGAAAUUGAAAGGCGAUAAAUUAUGCAAAAUACGGCUGUGCUCUUGGUGAAAAAGUGUUUUUUUGGCAGAGAUCGCUAAAUUCGUGCAAGUGCGAAGGAAAAAAGAAAUUUUCACGUACGUCUACGUGAGAAUCUGUAGGGUAUUGUGUUACUCUACAUAUUAAAAUUACAUUGAAAACGACGUCGACGACAACGACGACGACGAAGAAAAGAAGAGAAAAACGGGAAAAUUGCAAAUUAGAUUGUAAUUAGAGAGAAAAUUCGAUUUCCCGUGCGAACAAGUCGACGCGAAAAACGUGAAAACGGGCGAAGAUGAAGAAAAUCUUCAAGAAAAUCGAGCCCAAAAAUGAACAAGUACUUACAAAAGAUACGAACAAUUUUGUUGGCAAGGUCUUUAGUGUCGGGAAGACGAGUGUCACUGUAGAGGAAAUUCUAGCUGAAGGUGGUUUUUCGAUCGUUUUUCUCGUGAAAACCAGCAAUGGGACUCGAUACGCCCUUAAACGGAUGUAUGUCAACAAUGAGCAUGACCUUAACAUUUGCAAACGAGAAAUACAAAUUGCUAGUAAUUUGAGCGGUCACAAAAAUAUCAUCGGAUAUGUGGAUAGCAGUAUAACGCAGCAGAAUAAUGGCGUGUACGAGGUACUUCUGCUGAUGCCAUAUUGCAAGAAUCACAUUCUCGGUAUGAUGAAUGCGCGUCUUACGACGGGCUUCACCGAGGAAGAGGUGCUCCAAAUUUUCUGUGAUGUUGCUGAUGCAGUUUCGCGCUUGCAUCACUGCCAGACCCCCAUUGUGCAUCGCGAUCUAAAGGUCGAGAACAUCCUCGUAAACGACGUGGGCAACUACGUGCUCUGUGAUUUUGGUUCUGCCACGGGAAAAGUUCUCGAUCCGCAAGUGCAUGGCGUCACGCAUGUCGAGGAAGAGAUCCAAAAGUACACGACUUUGUCUUAUCGCGCGCCCGAAAUGGUCGAUUUGUAUGCGGGGCGUAAAAUUACGACGAAAGCCGACAUCUGGGCACUCGGAUGUUUGUUGUACAAGUUGUGCUUCUUCACGUUGCCAUUCGGCGAAUCGACGCUCGCCAUCCAAAGUGGCAACUUUUCGAUACCCGACAACUCCAAAUAUUCCAAGGGCAUGCAUCAGCUGAUCCGUUACAUGUUGGAGCCGGAUCCCGAGAAGCGUCCCAACAUCUUUCAAGUGUGCGAAAUCGCUUUCAAACUCGCUGGCAAGGAAAAUCCCGUCAGAGAUUUGCACAAGUUGGCAGCUCCGGCAAUUGAAACGUUGCCCGUACCGCCAUUUGAGCACGAAACGAAACGUGCUGUUGGUCCGCCGCCCGGCAGUGCAAGCAAAACGCCCAAACAACCCGUAACGCAUGCCGUCGAACAAUCCGGGACAAGUGUUGCUCCACGUUCACGACCUAAACCAACAGCUGCUGUCAAUCUAUCGCUGGGACUUCCGCCAUCGCCAAGUCCUCGUAACAUUCUUUCGUCGCCAAUUCCCGGAAAUCAAGCAACAACAACUCAAACUUCGUCGACAACAGUUACCGAUGCGAAAGUUGAGCCCUUCAAAGCCCAAUUUGAAGAUAAUUUUCCGACAACGCCGGCGACAGUCGUUCAACAAGCAGUUGUCGCGAGUAACGAAAAGCUAGACAAUCUCUUUCAGAGCAACUAUCCGGACCCGUUUAGAGAUGAACGAACGCCAUCCGUCACGGGAAAUGUCACGAGUGGUCCAAGUAGCCAGAAAACUAGUUUGGAAUUGAUUAAUACGGGUUCAAGUGCAAACGAUCUCCUCGGAUCGCCCUCUUCAGGUUCCGGGGGACAAUUAUUGGUUGCUCCCAAAGCAGCAGGACAUCGUAGGAAUGUGAGUGACACAUCAGCGUUCAAUAAGACAUAUGCAACGGAAACAAAUCAAUUUCUCGCCCCGUAUGAUCGUUCGGAGAACACUGUCCGAAAUUUAGACAAUACAACACCUUCCGCAUUUCCGCCUGGAUCGGCGCCCCAAAUGGCAUCAUCCGUUAGCUCCGAAGUCAUUACACACACAAAUGCAGCAGCAACCAACAAUGGCAGCAACAACAACAAUAACGAAAUUACUGCAGAAAAGCCUCCGGGCAGAAAAUGGAACCCCUUUGAGGAUCCCCCAUUCGACGAAGACGUCUUAUUUGGUGCUGAAUUCGAUAAGAUUCGUCAAGAAGGAUCACAAACAAGUGACAAAUCACUAAAAACACCUCCAGAGAAGCCCGUUUCGCAAACUGUUGCAGCUGUUGCUCCCGUUACUCAACUCCCGCAAGUCCAAAAUAUCGUGCUCGACGAUACAGAUCCCUUUGGUGCAGCUCCGUUCAGUUUGCCCGCAUCUGCAGCGCAGAAAAUUUCCAACAAGAAAGCCGGAGCUGGUGCCUCAUCUGCGUCAUCGGGACAAGGACGUGGCAGCUCUACCGUUAACAAUACGCCACGCGCAUCAAUUUCAUCUGUAGCAACCGUCAAAGGCAUCCGUUUCCAAAAUUCCUCGGAUUUGUGGAUUCUCUCGCCCGAAAGUAAGAAUUUGCUUGGCACGAGCGACAAUUCGGAAGAUGUCACCUCCCUAAUUCCCGACUCUCUCGGCGUCACAUCGCAAAAAGCUGCCGGCGAAACAGGUGAGAUCAAGCUAACAAGUUCGCCGAAUUUCAUCCGGAUGCCUCUCGAGGAUCGAAAUAAAUACGAGAAAUUGCAUUCUGGCAACGAUAUAACGUCAGAUGACUCGGACUCGGAAUUCUAUCCGUCUGACGUGACAAAUACCCGAACAAUCUUCAAGCAAAUUGUCUCGAACAAUAUUCCGGAAAAAAUCUCGGCUGUUUAUCACAAAGUCGAUAAGACACAAAUUAAGUUGCCAACGGUGAAGAAAUUGCGACUUCGACAUCCGCAUCAUGGAUCCGGGGCAACUGCGACGCACAAAGAAGAGACGCAAGAGAAGAAAACUUCGAAAAAGUCCAAAAAUGAAACGACAACAGAAACGGUAAAUCCAUCGCAACAACAACGACAAAACUCCGACAGUGACGACUCGAUUGGAUCAGCGAGUGAUUUGAAAGCUGACGAGUUCGCCGAAGACGAUUUGGAUGAAGGACGUGGCGGAACGCUCAAACGUCAACCGAGCAAAAUGGACGAUUGCAUCAGCGAAAGCAUCAAAACUUGCGGUUCGAGUGCAUAUCACGCGGAAUGUGAGAGUGUUACGACGCACGAAGAUGACGUGAGUCGCGUCGUUACAAAAGUUCGCAUGAAGAAACGCGAUCGCAUGUCGGACAGCACAAACACGAUAAUCGACUCGCAGCAAUCUGCCGAAGAGGAUUUGAUUCACGGCGACAAGCCUUUGUUGCUGGAUGACGAACUGGACUACGAUUCGAGCGAAAAUACGGAUGGCAAACCGAAACGCGAGACAAAUGGCGAUUCAGAUUCCAGUCGUGAUAGCAGUGACGAUGAUGCGUUGGAUGUUUUUGCAUUAGCUCCCUUUAAGAUGCCGACAGUUCUACCGAAACGCAGUCGACAACGUGAAAAAAUCAAAUAUCGCCCGACAGCCGUUACAAUUCCCGAGGACUCGAAUUUGCUGAAUUUCGAAACUGAUGAGGGAUCGACGUCGCAAUUUGUCACGUCAACACCCAAAAAACCGACGCCAGAUUAUUUUAGCAUGGAAUCACCGAAAGAAACAUCACAACAGCAGCAGCAACAACAACAACAACCGUCUUUUUAUGUGACAACGAAUAAAGUUCCUGCACCAGCUCCUGUCUCGCGCACAUUAAUUUCACACGACGCGCCUUUGCAACACAGUCAAGUGCAAGAUUUGUUCGGUUCGGAGCCCUUUCGUCCCAUAACGACUGAGGUGCAAGGCAAAAAAGAACCUAUGGUGACUGUCAAUCAAGCGAUCGUGAUAGAUCGCAAGCCCGCAGACUUUCCAAACACAAAUUUCGAGGCGCCACACGCAAAAUACAUCAAUUACAAUCAAAUUGACACCUUGCAACAACAACCGGACAAAAUGUUACCGAUUGCCGACAACGAGUUUAUCAGCUUUUACGAUGACGAGCCCUUGGAUGACUCGGAUGACGAGACAAAUCCCGAAGACAUUGACGAUCUCAGUGGCGGCAAAAAGUCGCGCAAAGACAAAAAACACAAAGACACGAAACACAAGGAGAAAAAAUACAAAGAGGAAGGACAUCAUAGUGCACUUUCGGCAAAAUUGGCGCAAAAAGUGAAAGUUGGCACGGGAUACAAGAAAGUUUCGUCUUCGAAAUCAUCCGGAAAACCGAUUAAAAUGACGGGCGUCGAUUUGGCACAAGAUGCCUACCAAUCGCUGAACAAUCAUCAGCAUCCAUCCACAAUUACGGGGUUCAGUAACAUGAGCUUCGAGGACUUUCCGUCGGAUCAGGAGAUGAUAGCGGCACGACAAGCAAAUGCUCCGGCGCCAUUUGAGGUUGUACGGAACGAGAAAAUGCUGGCGGAAGCGGAAAAGAAAUUCGGAUCCCUCAAACGUCGCAGCAAUCCGUUCUCCUGAGGUCCAAAGUACGAUUUUAUUUAAACAGCGUUUCUAAAUUUUUAUUUUAUCUUUCUUUGAAAUAUUUUUUUCAUAUCCAAAAUAUUUUUAAGGAAAGUUUUUUUUUUGUUAUAUAAAAAUAAAUUAAUUUAUUAUUGUUACAAGUUCCGAACAAAAUUUGAAUUUUUGGAACUCUAUUACCCUCGAAAAUAAUUUAUUGAAGAAAAAUACAAACGAUAUACGUUCAAUUACUAAGGAUAAGAGAAAUAAAAAUAACUACAGACUGCAUCUUUCGAAUAAAAAAAUAUAAAUAAUAUUACAAACUACCAUAAAAUACAAAGUAAAAUGCCUCUUCACGUUUUUUAGACAUAGAAUUGUUAAAACCAAUAGAACUGAUAUUAAAUACCGCACACCUCAGAAAAUUUUUGCAGAUUGAUUCCCUCGUGUUUUGCUAUCUCAAUCUCAUACUUCAUACAAAAAAAAAUAAAUAACAAUAUAAAAUAAUAAUCUACAAGAGCUUUUUCCUAAAUAAAUAAAAAUGCUGCUCAGCUCAGUAUUUCUACAAAUGAUACGAUUACUUGUCUAAGCAACGCCUUAUGAAGUAAUUUCUUGUAACAAUAUACCAAAAAAAUAUUUGAAAUUUUUUUUCACUCGAAUUGUAUUA